AUGGCGUCUCACGAGAAAGCGGUCGGUGUUCAGCUGGCGGUGCAAAAAGCCAAAAAGAAGAUUUGUAACCUCCAGCUACAGCUGCUGCACCAAAAUCCGGACAGUGCAAAAUUGGCAAAAUGGACGCCAAGCAAAGAACUCCGAGACACACUUGUGGACAUGUACACAGAUAACCCUAAAGUGAACGAGGAACUACGACAGCGACUUCCUUCUAACCAACGCCCAGUGAAUCCACACAGCAGUGUGGAACCAUCCGUCUUCCAGCUUCCCUUGGAGACUCCCCACUCUAGCAUCGUCCCCUUUCCCGCCCAGGGGAAGACAUCUUGCCUGGUGCCCUCCAGAAAGUCAGGUGUAGUAAACAUGGAGACAGACUUUUCAGACCUGGCUACUGAGACCUGCGAAGGACCGCUGCUUCCAACAGGGGAAUGUCUUGUCAGCAGUCAUCGGGAUGUCGGGAUUGGUCACACGGUAACUGGCGUUCAAGCCCAGGAUGAAGACAAGAAGGUGUCAUUGUUACUCAGAGAAUUGGAUGCACUGAGAGAUAUUAACAUGAAGCUGCUGGACCAGCUGAGCCUGAAGGAAGAAGAGCUACAUAAAAAGGAGCUGGAGAUGAUGGCCGAAACAUUGGAGUUCAAAGCCUGGGAGAAACCUUCGGAGUUCCUGGACGAAUUGUUGAGUGCUCGCAAGAACCGAGAUGAGGCUAUGAUGUCACGAGUCCUGUUAGCCAAUCAGGAGCGAGAUGAAGCUUUAAGCCGCGUCGCUCGACUGCAGCAGGCUGCUGAGUGUGACCCGAUUGACACAUCGUUCGGCGACAGCGACUCGGAAAUGGAGGAAAUUCUUCAGCGCGUUUGCAACUCUGCCUGUGCGCAAGAAGUGGCUCGGUUGGGUUCGGUCCUGGUGGAACGCGUGCGCUCAGAGGCAAGGCGCCGCCGCGACAUCACUACACAGGAGAUGAAGGCCGUCAUGGAUGAGCGUGACGGCUCACUCGCUAAGUGUCGACGCCUGCAACAGGAAGUCAUGCAGGAGAGAGAGCAGAGGGUGAACAAGGAAGAGCUGAUUAAACUUCAGCGAGAACGAGACGCAGCCGUGGACGACAGGAAGCGGCUGGAGGCGGAGCUACAGUUGCUGCGAGCUAAUUACAGGUAGGAAAAUUGUUUAACCCAUAGGGGGCGCCUUAGAACAGCUCCGCUUGCCUUGUCUUUUAGUUCUGAGGACCUGGUGAAGGCUCCUCCCCCUAUGGACGGGCCAGCCCCACCCCUUCUAUCUCAGCUCCGGCAGCUCACUGAGGACAAGCGUGAAGUGGAGGCGGAGCUUCUGCGUUGCCGGGAGGCGGAGCGAGACGCCAGAGAGAGAGUGCAUAGGUUGGAACGUCUGGUGGAAGUUUUACGGAAAAAAGUGGGCACAGGUAGCCUGCGCGCCGUCGUCUGA